AAUGUCGUUUCGAUCCCGAUGUUAAAUGGUUCGAACUUUUCGGAAUGGAAAGAACAUUUGUUACUUGUGCUUGCCCUCAUGGAUCUUGAUAUUUCCCUCAGGGAAGAGCGUCCGAAGUACAUCGACAUUGUCAAAACCGAGCGUUGGGACCGUUCCAACCGCAUGAGUAUGAUGAUAUUGAAAAUCCGAAUCCCACCAAAAUUCAGAGGCAUUGUCCCCAAUGAUGUUACAACCGCCAAAGAAGUUUUGGCUGCAGUUGAGAAAUGCUAUGCGAAAAAGGACGGGGCAGAGGUUAGAACGGUGCUAGCCGAGUUUCGAUCAACGAAAAAAGUGAAUGAGAGUGUUAGAGAGUAUAUUAUGAUGAAGAUGAGCGUUGCAGCUAAGUUGAAGAAACUCGGGAUGCCUAAUCCUGAUAAUGUCGUGGCAGCUUUGAUACUCGAUAGUCUACCCUCGGACUAUGAACUUCUUAGGAGUACUUAUAACCGUCUCCAACUGGAAUGGUCGACUCAUGAUCUCAUCUCUCACUGUGUGCAAGAAGGGGAGAGGUUGACUAGUGAAAAGAAAGAACAUGAUCUUGUUGUAGCCGAAUCGUCUUCGGGACAUAGAGAUCCGUUUUUGAUCUCUGUGUUAGCAUCUUGAAUCUUGUUAUUAUCAAGAUGUUUUACGCACAAACAUACACCGAGGUUGGAGAGAGUCACCAAGAUUUGCUUCAAGCUUAGUCUCUUCUUCAUUACUAUGUUCGUAAUUGUAAGCUGUGAGAUUCAUUCACCUUCUUAUAAUGUGUUUAUAUAUAGACAAACAUAAAGAGGCUGCUUUUGA